UAUUAGGAAUCCAGAUGAACAAGAUUUUCAGAUUUUCCAGUGACCAUACCGGUGUAAAUGAGCUCUUAGGUUUCUUAUCAUAUUUUCGGGAUUGUUGGCGUCUUCCUGUUUGAUUUACGUGUUUUUUUUUUUAGUUUAACUUUAACAACUUAAAGCUCCGGUGCGGAUGUAUGAAAACUGAUCCACGUUACUUCUCUUGCCUUUACUAAGAAGUCCGACAUGAAAAGAAACGGGACGUAUAAGUUUUUGUCAGUUUUCUCAUGCUUCGUCGUUUGCGCUUUCCUGUUCACAUUUUGGUACUUUGUAUUUCAAUCAAUCUUAAAUGCACCAUAACGCAUAGAAGUAGACAUUUGUAGCAGCUAGCUACGCUAAUCUUUGCUGGAUACUUACCCACAGUGCAUUGCUCUGUUUACAAGUCUCGUGAUCAUAUGAUCCACUGGACCAGGAAGUAAGACUAUCUGCUCGUAGUAUUUGGCUGCCGAGCCUGUUAGUGAAGUCAGGAUGACGUCUGGCACCAGUGAAGCAGCGUCCUCCACCGCAGACCUCCAGCUACAGUUUGCUCCCUUCAGCAGCGCUCUGGAGGCCGGAUUCUGGCAUCAGCUCACUGAGAAGAAACUCAACGACUACAGACUAGAUGAGAGCCCCAAAUGUAUCAAAGGAUAUUACUACAACGGUGACCCACUUGGCUUGCCAACACGUCUGACGCUUGAGUUCAGUGCAUUUGAAGUAGAUGGUCCGACACCGGCCCGUUGCUGUUCAGCUCUUGGAACUUUGUACAACACCAACACAGUGGAUGCCUUUAAGACCACUGACAAGAAGGCUCUGCUGGAGAAAGAGGGCAAGGAGAUAUGGGAUGCUAUACAGUCUGGGGCUGCUCUAAAGGACCCGUCCAUCCUCUCUAGAUUCAUUCUACUGACCUUUGCAGAUUUGAAGAAGUACCAUUUCUACUACUGGUUCUGCUUCCCUGCACUCUGUUUCCCUGAAGGGAUCAAGAUUGUCCAACAACCGUCUGUGCUAGAACAAGUUUUCUCAGCAAAACAGAUCGCAGCCCUGCAGGAGGCCUAUGAUGGCCUGUGUAUCAAAAGAGGGACCACUGCAGUACCUUACUUUAUAAUGAAGUACACAGACGAUGCUGUGCAGAUGGCUGCACUUGGCGACUGGGAUGCUUUCUUUACUGAUGCCAAGAAGGUCACUGUGGGCGUCUAUGAUCCUUGUACUCUGUCUCAACAUCCGGGCUGGCCGCUGAGAAAUCUGCUUGUCCUCUUAGCCAACCGAUGGGGCUCUAAGCUGGAUACGGUGGAAGUGCUGUGUUUCAGGGACAGAACUCUGCAGGGAAGCCGCUCCAUUCAGCACAGCCUCAUCUUCCAGAUCAAACUACCCGAGCUUCCCCUCAAUUCAGCAUGUCCUAAGAGUGUUGGCUGGGAGAAGAAUCCUAAGGGGGCCAUGGGACCCCGGAGGGUCGACCUCAGUGAAUGCAUGGACCCUAAAAGGCUUGCUGAGUCAUCAGUGGACCUGAACCUGAAGCUAAUGAGAUGGAGGCUGGUUCCCUCCCUGGACUUGGACAAGGUGGUCAGCACAAAGUGUCUCCUACUAGGAGCUGGGACCUUGGGCUGCAAUGUAGCCAGGACUCUAAUGGGAUGGGGAGUGAGACACAUCACAUUUGUAGACAACGCAAAGAUCUCGUACUCUAAUCCAGUCCGCCAGCCGCUCUAUGAGUUUGAAGACUGUCUUGGAGGAGGGAAGUCCAAAGCCAUGGCAGCUGUAGACCGGCUCAUCAAAAUCUUUCCUGGAGUGAAUGCAGAGGGAUACAAUAUGAGCAUCCCCAUGCCCGGGCACCCAGUCAAUUUCUCUGAGGCCACCCUGUCCCAAGCUCAGAGAGAUGUGGAGCAGCUGGAGAAGCUCAUUUCAGCACAUGACGUUGUCUUCUUGCUGAUGGAUACCAGGGAGAGCCGCUGGCUGCCUACAGUGAUCGCCGCCAGCAAGAGGAAGCUUGUGGUGAAUGCUGCUUUAGGCUUUGACACGUUUGUUGUCAUGCGCCAUGGCCUGAAGAACCCGCCGGUCAGUCAGAUAGUUUCAGACUCCUCCGCUUCCUGUUCUUCUGCGUCCUCUUCGUCCUCCACACCGGCAGGCUCUGCACCCACUGUCCCAGGAUCCUCUCUGUUCUCCAACAUCCCAGGGCACAAACUGGGCUGCUACUUCUGCAAUGAUGUCGUGGCACCAGGAGAUUCAACCAGAGAUCGGACUCUGGAUCAGCAGUGCACAGUCAGCAGACCAGGCCUGGCCAUGAUAGCUGGAGCCCUGGCUGUUGAGAUGAUGGUGUCCAUUCUGCAGCACAGUGAAGGAGGCUAUGCAGUAGCCAGCAGCAGUGAUGACAGAAUGAAUGAACCUCCCACCUCUCUGGGUCUGGUGCCACAUCAGAUCCGAGGUUUUCUUUCAAGGUUCGACAACGUCCUGCCUGCCAGCCUGGCCUUUGACAAAUGUACCGCCUGCUCACCCAUUGUCCUGGACCACUAUGAGAGGGAAGGAUUCAACUUUCUGUCCAAGGUUUUUAAUUCCUCCCACUCAUUCCUUGAAGACCUGACCGGGUUGACACUGUUGCACCAAGAGACACAGGCUGCAGAGAUUUGGGAUAUGAGCGAUGAUGAGAGCAUCUAAAGGACUAGAGGAACAACCCUUCACAUCCAAAGGACCCAGCACUCCUAUCCAUGUUUCUGUCUCUUUAAGGACGUCAUAUUUACAGUGUGGACUUAUAAUGGGAUGAAGGCCUGGUGUACAUAAGUAGACUAAUUGAUCAAAUUGAAGUUAUCAAAACCAAAUUUCACAAAGCCGCUUUGGAAUACUAGCGGAGUAGCUUUAAUAUUACCAUUAUCUUUUUCAAUUUAAAUUAACCCAAGCAUUAGGGUCUUCAGAAUGAACAGUGAUGUGUUAAAUAUAUUACUUCCUUUAAUGUUUUGUAAGCCAUAUUUUAUGUCGUUUUUUUACAGAGAAUGUACACAUUCAUAUCCCCUGUUAAAUUGAUAUCAGUCACACUUACUCAGCAUUUGGAGCACUUAACACAGCACUUGUUUUUGUAUGAAAAGCUUUUUCUUAAGUCUCACUGAAUGUUCACAGGCUUGAUCCUUCCUAUAGUCUCUCUAUCAAACUUCAAGGUUCUGAUAAAAUGUCCUUAAGCAAGACAUAGAUAAACUACAUCUGCAGGUUCAUGGAAAAGUGCUUCAGACUAAUAAAAUAAAAAACACCCACCACACAAAUCAGCAGAUCUAGCCAUCUCCCUGUGUGUUUGGAGACGGAUAGAUGCAGUUCAGUUAAUACUAAAACCAGCUUUGUUUAUUUGAAAGGUUGGAAAGCAGCACACAGAUGUUUCUGUACAGCGACUUAACAGUGGCUUCUGAUAUGGAAAGGAGUUACUGUAAUAAGCUGGAAAGUACAUCUGCACACAUUACUCAUAGAGAAACAAUGGAGAAACUGAAGGUUUGAAGGUUUGAUGCAUGCUUGUGUUUGUCUUUACAGUUUACAUUCUGCCAUAUACCGUUUGUCCAAUCUGCUAUCGUACAAUAUAUUAAUGUCAGUGUUUGAGACUGGAGUCAAAGGUGCCCCGUGCAGUUUGUGUCCACUGGUGGCAAUGUUUUUAUGAAUGAAUUAAAAAAAAAAACUUCAGCCAAGCCAAUGUUUUUGAGGGAAGUAAGAACACUUAGUAUGUCUGUUUGACCUCAGUGACACUCAGUGCGAGGUUAGAAACUAAAUGUAAACAUGGCUUUUGUUUAACAAAACCACUCCACAGGGCACCUUCUAAACCAAGACUUGUGAGAGAAGUCAUGAAAAAAUAAAGCACAGAAUUCAAUUUUUUUUUUUCCCACCUCAGAUUUCAUUUUUAAAUAAUGGAUUAAACAACGAAUUGUCACUCUGUUUUAAAAAUUCAGGAUAUUUUCAGUACUUUCAGUUGUGUGGCACUUUUCCUCUACUGUUAGUAUUUCACCAAAAACUGGAAUAAAAUGGUUCUUUAAUAA